UUCAUUUUCAUAUGAUGAUAAUAAAGCAGUGAAUGAUGACUCUUCCUUCAUUGUCCUCUCUAUUCUUCUUCUUCUUCCCUAACUCUCUCUGCAAUAACAACACCAUCAACAACCCCUUCAAGCCGGCCUAAACCCCAUUACCCAAAACUUUUUCUUUUUUCUUUCCUUCAACACUCUCUAUUGGAUCAUCACAUAUUCAAUUUCAUUCUCUUCAAAAAUUCCCCUUCAAAAAAAUUUAAAAUUAAAAAAAAGUGCUCUUUUUGUGAAUUUUGAGCCAUUUGCCACCGACAGAUUUCGAUCUUCUCCGUGCCAAAGUUGUAAUCUUUUCGAAUUUUGGCGAGGUGGGUCGAUCUGAUUUCGCUCGAAUAAUUGCGGGUUCGAUUUUGAUCUGAAAAAGGAAAAGAGAAAAAAAGAUUGGGUUAUUUCUGAUUCAAGAUUUUGUCCUUUUUUGAAAUGGUCUAUUUCCAUAGCUCAAUCUCUCUCUGCAAGUUCGUUGAUCAAUCAUCUUUCAUGGCGAAUUCAAUUUGUUCUGCGGAUUUCGGUUCGAAAUCGAGACAAAUCAAUCACCUUCAGAAGAAUCGGAGAACCCCUAGUUCAUCAUCAUCAUCAUCAUCAUCAUCGAAUUCCCUUCAGAUUCCACCCUGUGAUCGAUCUCGAUCGGCAAUGGUUGAUGUUGUGAUGUUCAUUGCUGUUGUUUGUGCCUGUGGCUUUUUGUUCUUCCCUUAUGUAGAGUUUUUGGUGACAAAGUGUUACGAGGUUAUUAAGGGUGUUGUGUUUUUGAUUAAGGAGGAGGUUUCUGUGGCACCUUGGAUCUAUAUUUCCAUAGGGUUGAGUGUUGUGUUUGCUGCAUUGGCCACGUGGGCUGUGGUGGCUUGCACCACUAGGAAGUGUGGGAAUCCCAGUUGCAAGGGUCUGAGGAAGGCUGCUGAGUUUGACAUUCAGUUGGAGACUGAGGAUUGUGUGAAGAAUUUGGCUUCUGCGUCGUCGAAUGUAGCGAAAGAUGGUGGUGGUGGAACGAAGAAGGGUCUCUUUGAAUUGCCUCGUGAUCACCAUAGGGAGCUGGAGGCUGAGCUCAAGAAGAUGGCACCACCAAAUGGAAGGGCUGUGCUCGUGCUCCGGGCGAGGUGUGGAUGUUCUGUUGGUAGGUUAGAGGUUCCAGGACCAAGGAAGCAUCUUCGAAAGAUCAACAAGAAGUAGCAGCAAUCCUGUUCGAGCCGAGUAGGACACAGGAGAGGACACCCUUUUGAGUUAUUGGAUGGAAUUAAGGAAAGGGAUGGCAGACUCUUCUAGUAGAGGAUGUCCGGAAUGUUACCUGUGGAAAAGGUUGCUCAAGCUCAAGCAUAUGACAUUUUUUUAUACAGAUGUGCUGAACCAAGGUUAUUGCACAAGUGAAUCUUUGAUACCAUUGAUGAGUAACUGGAGGAAGAAAAUGCAGUUCUCAUAUGGAGUAAUGACCAGAUUUGAACAGCGCGAUUAGUAAGAUGUUAAUUUAUAAUGCAUUGAGCUAGCUAUUGAUUUCUACAUUUUUUCUUUAUUGUAUUUGAAUUUAUUUUUUAUGAUAAUCUGAACAUACUUGAUUUUUCAUUGUCAAUUUGAAUCCUCAGUCUGUCUCACUCACAGAAAUCAUGACUGCUAAGAAGCCAUCAUGUCUCAUUUGCGAUUU